CUCUAGUUGACAGCUCCCUCGAUCCAAUGAGCGGCGCCAAUUGCAAAGACAGCCUCUGUCUGGUCAUCCACUGGCGAAUCGCGACUAGUUUCAGGCACGUAUGGCCAUCUCUACUCAAAACCGGUUGCGCUACAACGUCCAACAACCUCAACCGCACCAAUGUGUAGUACACGUGUAGGGGUGCUGCCGACAUGAUGCUGGUACAUUACUGAGGGAGCCAAGCUGAACAUGCCCGCUUCCCGAGACGUCGAAUUCCACCCAUAGCGUUCCCCACUCUAGGCCUCCUUGGCUGUAGGCCAGCCCAGCCGAGAGAGGCCCCAUCUUACAUGCAAGUAAUGACUUCCAAGCCUUCCAAGACGGCCCUGAACCCGCCCAUACACGCGUACGAGGUACAUGAAAACGCUGGAGGGGUUCUAACCCCCCGCGGAAAUCCUUCACGAUGGGCAUAUGUUGCUCACUUCCCUUUCACUUCCCCUUCUCUCCCGACUCCUCCACCACCUUGCUCCCGCCCGCCAUGCCCAAAAUCACCAUCCGCAACCUCACGGCGCGGCCCGUCAUUCUCCAGCGCGUCGAGCGCUUUGAGGGUGAGAGCCAGCGUACCGGGGACAUCCUGGGCAACACUUUUGGAACCAUCAACUCCUUCAUCAAUGCGACAAACUUCACCACGAGGGAGAUUCACGCCAAGGGAGACGCCCAUACGGCCGAUGACGUUGAUGUACACGUCGAGCCGUUUGCCAUCAACGCCACAGAGAUUGACGCACCGGACCAUGGCACCCACGACGUCGUCCGUCUCCAGUUCGAGAUCGAGGGCCACCGGUACGAGGUCGACGUCCCGAGCCCCUCCAACCGCUCCUCCGUCUUGAAGAAGCUUGACGAUGCGCCGCUCGAGCUGACGGCCAUCUAUGUGCCCGCUGGCGCAUUCCUGGCCAUCAUGUCCUCGGCGAACCUCAACGCCUGGAUGGGCGAGCUGCGCGACGAGUACCCGCUGCCCCUCCUGUCAAUCCCGGGCACCCACAACUCGCCGACGUGUCACACGGCGCUGCCGUCGGUGCGCUGCCAGGCCGUCGGUGUCCGCGAGCAGCUCGACAAUGGAGUGCGCUUCCUCGAUAUCCGCGUUUCUGUUGCUACGGACAACGACGACCUUGCCCUCGUUCACUCUGCCUUUCCCAUAUCCCUGACAGGCAGCAAGUACUUUGCCGACAUGCUCGCCGACAUCUACGCCUACCUCGACGCCAACCCCUCCGAGACGGUCCUCAUGUCGGUCAAGCGCGAGGGCACGGGCAAGGGCACCGAUGAACAGCUGAGCCACUACCUGCGCGACCGCUACGUCGGCCGCGACGCCCACCGUUGGUUCGUCGAGCCGCGCAUCCCUCACCUCGGCGACUGUCGCGGGCGCAUUGUGCUGAUCCGCCGGUUCGGCCUCGACGAGCCCCUGCGCGCCGAGCACGACGGCAGGGGGUGGGCCAUUGACGCACAGCACUGGCCCGACAACUGCGAGGACGGCACAGUCGGCGGUGGGCUCCUACGCGUCCAGGACUUUUACGAGAUUGACCAGUCCACCAACGUCGAGAAAAAGAUCAACUUCUCCCACGGCCAGCUCGAACGUGCCGCCGAGCAGCUCUUCCGCCUCCCCGGCAUGCCUGACUUCAACGCCGACGCGCCGCCGAACCCAUUCUUCGUCAACUUCCUGAGUGCAAGUAAUUUCUUCAACGCGACCUGUUGGCCAGAGCGCAUCGCCGCAAAGGUGAACCCCGCCGUGAUAGAGUAUUUGUGCACGCGCCACGGCGAGCCGGGCAAGGGACCUCAUCAGCUGAACGUGGGCGACGCAGCGACGGGCAUCAUAGUAACUGAUUGGGUCGGUGCGCAUGGUGAUUGGGACUUGAUUAGGUGCAUUGUCGGAAUGAACGCACGCUUGCAGCUGAAGCACUAGGGGAUUGAGGCUUAGGCGGAACGGUCAUGAACAUGCGGAGCACAGCAUUUGCACAUGGAUGGUAGGCAUGGAUAUGAUCAAGGAUUCAAUAGAGAGCAUUUGCGCAAUAUGCGAUGGAACAGUUAUUAUUUAGCCAAACUAU